CCCAGAUGCCCGUGCCCAGAUCCAGCCACUACCCACUCCCCUCGCCAAGUCAAGCAGGGGCGCCGCGCCUGCCAUGGCAGCAGGCAGGGGCGACGCGGCGAGCAUGGUGGCGGUGGGCCUGGUGUGGGGCGCGACCAACGCGCUCAUGCGCCGGGGAGCGCUCGUCUGGGACCGCCGCGCCCGCGCCUCCCCAUCCAGCAGCGUCCUCCGGCGGUGGGCAGCCCUCCUCCUGACGUGGCAGUACUCGGCGCCGUUUGCCGCCAACCUGUGCGCAUCCGCGGCCUUCUUCGCGCUCCUCGGCGCUGCUCCCAUCUCGGUCGCCGUGCCCGUCACCAACGCCGUCACCUUCGCCGCCACGGCCGUCACCGCUGUGAUUCUUGGCGAGCGCGUGCGCCCCGCGCCGGCCGCGCUCGGCACCGCGCUUAUCGUCCUCGGCGUCUGGGUCUGCAUCUCCUAGUUCUUGCGGAUCUGCUCCAGGUGAAGCAUCCAGUCAGUAGUUCUGUGAAUUGACAUUUAGAAGAACUGUUUUGGUUUGGUUUGUUUCCUCAGUAGGAACAGGGCAAUCCUGAUUGUAUGUUUCCCUCUGUAUGUAGCCAUUUGAAUGAAUUGUGCCCAAUUUACUGGUUGAGCGCAUACCAUUGAUCUAGAUUUUCGAUUUUAAUACAAUUUCCAUUUGAAAUUUCAUUUC